GUUCGUCUGUUGACUCCGUUUGAUAUGGGCGGAAUUGUUUAAUUGUUGUGCUCUGCUCUACUAUUACUAUUGACAGGUUAAGAUGUCAAGCUAUAAACAUAAGUCUGGAGCUUUGAAAAGAAAGCUCCAGAAAGAAAAAUUAGAACAAUCUGCUAAAGGUCGCCAGGAUAUUAAGAAGUUUUUUAAGAGUAAUGAAAAAGAAGAGUUGCAAGAAUUUCAACCGGAUUUCAAUCCAGAACCUACAUCAGCCUCACAGACCCAACCUUCUUCAGCUUCAAUCCAAAAUGCUUCUACGUCUACUGUAUGUGAGGGAAGUAAUGACGAAUGUGCUAGUGCUGAUCCAAAUCUUAGUAAGGAUACUGUCGAUGACAAUAAAACUUUUAAUUUUGACGAUCCUAAUACGUGGCCUGCGGUGAUGAGUGAUAAAAUACGGUCCUACGUGGUUUUCAAGCUUUUCAGGCCAGAUCAAAAUCAUUUCCAGCUGACCCCUCAGGAAAACAUUUCCAUGAAACAUUGUUGUACAUGA